AAGGUAUCUUGAUCCGCGUCAUCCACCAUGGCGAAUGCCUCUGCAAAACGCAUAGCUAGCCAGAAUGAAGCUACAGUCAAAAACAUCAAGCUUGGAAUGAUUCUUCCAACAAUCGUAUCUUUACUUCUUCGGUUACUCUUCCGACGUGACUCUCUUCCUCCUUCUAAGGGUUCUUUGACGUUAUAUAUCGUUACAUUCCUACCUGCUUUCUUCUUGUCCAAUUAUCUCAUCAAGGUUGGCAGCACGAGACGAGAUCCCACAACAGGCACCUUGAUUUCUUAUGGCGAGGAUCUCAAUCAACCAGGUGUAACCGAAUGGUGCUUCGACGUCCUUUAUGUGACUUGGACAUGUCAAGUUGGGAGUGGUGCAUUUGGUGAAUGGUUCUGGUGGUUGUAUAUGGUGAUACCCUUAUACGCCAUGUACAAAUUAUGGACCUCCGUCAUAUUUCCGAUAUUCUUCUCGCGCUCGGCUACCUCUGAGAGAGUUGAGGGUGAUACGGAGCCCGCUAGCAGUAAAAAGCAGGAAAAACUGCGCAAAAGGAGUGAGCGAGGCGAUCCUCGUGUUCAGACGCAGGUCCGGAAAAAAUAGUUCCAAAGUUUGACUAGGGAUGUUGUACACUUUGUCCAUCGAAAUGUGAUUCGGAAUGUCUCAAACACAAAA